GGUUUUGAGCAUCCAGAUGAAGGUGGCGUGGUUUUGGUGGUUGCUGAUAUAUCCAUGACCCCGGAUCAGGUGACAUGAUCACCUGACCUGGCUUAAAUCACCUGACUCCCUAUCACCUGACCCUCCCUGGCUCCGGUAACCGCCGAGUUUCCCCCCCCCACGCCUCUCCUCCACAGCCCCCGACUUCCAGCCAAGGCAAGCCACUUCUAUGACAGGGGCAGGCACCCCUUCUCCAACGCAGCCAUGUCUAACAUGAUCUCCUCUACGUUUGCCCCUAGUCUGUCGCGCAGGGACACCAAAUCCAGCAUUAGCCAUGAUCCAGGGGUGGGGUCCAUUCCCCCCCCGUUGGCGAGUGGUGGAUCUCUAGGGCCCCAGAGCGCAGCAGCCAUCUACCAACACAUCCAUGACAUGGCUGCGAAGCGAAUCUCAACCCUCGGCUACCUACGCAAGGCCCAUGAGGGCCGCAUAUACUGGUUUAAUACUGUCCACUUUUCCCGCAACGAUAUCGGUCGCCUCCCGUAUUUCGAACCGCGCAAACUCGCCCGUCGUGCCAUCAACUAUCUCCUCCUGGGUCUCUCCCUUCCCCCCAUUCUCGACGUUAGCACCACGCCCGUCGAAUUCCUCCGGGCCCUCAACACUCUCCUAAUUGAAUUCGAGGCCUUCCAACAAGUUCAUCCUCCCGACGGCACAUCCUCCUCCACCCUCGCCCGAGCCCGUAUACCCCAAAUGUUCAAGCGUGCCGCACACGCCGGCACCAAGGCGCGCCGCGCCAGUUCGGCUACGGAAAUCGGCUUGCCCAUGCAAUCCAGCGACCCCUCAGACCUGAAAGCGAUGGCAGGCAACUCGGCCAAUACGGCUGCGACCAUUUCGUUUCCGCAUACAGAGGCCUCGGAGCUCCUGCCCGGUGAGGAGUACUCGUACCUUCUAACGCCAUUGUUGCCAUUCGAGCCGGACUACUUCGAAACCUUUGUCACGCUGUGCGAUGUCCUCAUUGAUUGUUACACGCGGCUCGUAUCCUUGGUUUUCACCCCCUCGGUGUGUAGCGUGGCGUUGGGGGAGAUGUUUUCCAAGGCCGAUGCGAAGAUCCGCAAGAUCAUGGUCGCGGGGAUUAUCCGCGAAUUCGAAGACGCCAGCCGUCAUCGGGCCAAGAAUGAAAUCGCGGGCGUUGGUCGCGUGGUUCUGGGCGGGUUGAUGGGCUGAUUUCGGAUGUCGUCAAUUUCUGGUGUGUAGAUAUCUCGGUGGGGUAUAUAUAUAUACAUGUCUAUAUAUAUGCACGCCGACCUCUACCUCCUCCACACCUCAAUCGCUGAUUCGACACAUCCCGUCUCAUCUCUUACCUCCGCUUGAGGCAGGGACGCAAAUCACAAGUGCCAGCGACUUCUU